AGCGGUGACAGCGAGGCAGGCGUUUCCUUAAUAGAACUGUCCAAGGAGUCGUUUGAUUCCGGUAACGUUAUAGCUCAGGUGCAGUGUCCAGUGGAAGAUACCGAUACGUUUCAGAGCCUCAUCAAUAGAAUGGUGCCGCUCAGUGCCGACAUGCUGCUGUCCACCAUCGCAUCAUUGGCGAAUGGGUUGCACAUCCAGUCACAGCCACAGAGCACUUUCGGACGCGAAAUCACUCUUGCGCCAAAGGUAGACAACACAACCAGUCGCAUUGAUUGGUCGACAUAUACCUGCGCUGCCAUUGAUCGCAUACAGCGUGCACUCGCACACAAGACAGCUCUGUAUUCAACCUGGAACGGGAAGGAAAUCAAGCUCCUCGACAUAGUCCCCCCCCAACUAGACCAGAACCCAGUACAAACUCUCGGUUCCCAACCACCCCAACAAGAAAGCUACAGCCAAGCGGAUGAGCUCACUCUAGAUUUGCAUUUGGGCAAAAAGUCAGAGAUCAGCCCAGCACCUGGCGGCACCCCUCGCUAUGACGUUGACACGCAGAUAUUGUAUAUCAGGUGCGUGGAUGGUUGGGUGGGGUUCCGAACUGUCCAGUCGGCGACGAAGAAACUCACGUCCAGUUCAGCCUUUGCCAAUGGCUACAAACUCCGUGCCACCGGCUACUCGUAUGUUCCCCAUAUGUAA